UCCCCCAGGAACUCGGUUCUCAGUCGCAGCUCGGCUGUCAGUGCGCGACGAUCGAGCCGCGUUCACCUGCCUGCGUUGCGCUACGCGCGCGCACACGCGACAUACACACACCCACACAUACAUAUUUAUGUAAAGAUACACGCAUAACACGCACGCACGCACGCACGCAUGCACGUCGCGGCGCGUAGGACGUGGUUGAACGAGACGAAUCGUACGUACGCGGACACGGGGGUGGAAAACUGUCAUCGUGGUUUUCGAUAGACACGGUGCGAGGGUGCACGUGAAGGAGACAGAACGAGCGAGAGAGAGAGAGAGAGAGAGAGAGAGAGUGAGAGACGAGGAGGCGAAACGAACCGGGUUCCCCAUGCGUCGCGCGAUAUAGACGGCGGCGGCGCACACACACACGUACACGUACACAUACACGCGAACGCGGCGGCAACCGAACGCGCUACUACGCCCAGUCAGUCAGUCGGACGUCGGCACGGGCCCGACGACACCCCGACGACACUCCACGGCGUUGGUUACGCGCGACGGAGUUCCCACGGGUCCGCCUCGCGAGGAGCUGACACGCGGCGGGGCGCUGAUCCGGGCGCGAGCGGGACGGCAGCGGCGGGCAUCGACGGCGACCGGGUUGCGCGACCCGGGCCCUCGAGCGAUUCGUGACAGUGAAGUGAAGCACGCGUGAGAGGUGGCCGCGGUGGAGGAGAGACGAAGAAGACACCGGUCAGUGAGGUGGACGAAGAAAGAGACAGUGAGAAAGAGAGAGAGAGAGAGAGAGAGAGAGAGGAGAAGGAGGUAAAGGAAGAAAGGGAGAGAUAAAGAGAAGGUAGGGGAGAAAGGAAGAGGGCUGCAGAACGGGUGGUCCUGACAGCGAGCGGUGACGAGAGAAGACCGACCGUCCUGAACGAGCGAGCAUUAAACGCCGGGGAGUAAUAGGGGCCCCCGUACGUAAUUGGCACACUAGAACGAGCUUUUUGUCCGAAAAUAAAAGAAAAAGCAAAAUGCGAAUAGUAUAAUACGCUUGCCGCACGCGCUGGGCUUCUCUCGGGAGCUUUCCCUUGGCGUUGGAUAUAACCUUUUGGUCCAACCCUCGGCUAAGGCUAACUCGCGGCGAUGAGCUAUAUUCUUCUACUCCGGCUCGCUCGAGAGUGCGUGAGUCUAGUUGGGGAGUAUCGUCGUGAUUGUCACUGACAAUCACCCUGUCAACUUCGUCCCCCCGUCAUCGUCGUCGUCGUCGUCGUCAUCGUUUUCAACGGCAACGGGAAGUACUUUGCCGUGUACUUGGUCGCGAGCACCGAUCUCAACCGGCGCCUGCUCCUCGAACGGCGUGCGCUCUGGCGACAUUUGGGGGGGCGGCAUUGAAACGUUGUUCGAGACGGCGACGGGUAGUAGUAGCAGCAGCAACAGCAGCAGCAGGAGGAGCAGCGAAUCACCGUCGUCGUCGUCGUCGUCGUCGUCGUCGGCGAAAAUCAUCACGAGAAUAUCGCGUCAUGAGGGCCUAGCGUUCCGACACCGUGGGUCAACGUGGGUCGUCAGCGUCGGGCGUGCGAGAAGGGACGGCGGCGCGCCGACGGAAGCCCGGAUAGUAGGAGGAGGUGGCGGAGGAGGAGGAGGAGGAGGAGGAGGCACCCGACAACAUGGCCGCCGCCUGCUACGAGAAGGAAGUGGUGGUAGGUGCCGCCAUUCACCACGGACAUGGACAUCACCAUCACCACCAUCACCAUCAUCAUCAUCAUCACCAUCAUCAUGCUAACGGAGUCGUCGCGUCGUCCGUCGGCGGUGUGACCGGCGGGCAGACAGUACUACCGGCGACGUCUACCGGCCUCGACGACGCCGCUGUCGUCGCCGCCGCGGCCGCCGCCGCAGCCGCCGCCGCUUCCGCUUCCAACAACCCGUCGGCAUCGUCGACAUCGGUGAACGCCGCUGCCAACGUCGUACACCCCGCCAACUCAGCGGUAACGACGAGUACCGCGGCUACCGCGGCAGCGGCCGCAGCCGCCGCCGCCGCAGCGGCCACUGCUACCGCUGCGGCUGCCGCCGUGGCGAUCAACGGCUACAAGGUGCAAGAGUACAAGGAUUACUCGCAACCGCUCCACGUGGACUGCAGUGUCGAGUACGAGCUGCCGAGCCAGGCGAAACCGCCGCCCGGUGGCGGCGAACCCCUCCUAAUGAUCCAUCCGUGCUACUAUCGACGCGCCGAGCGCGAGAGGAGAAGCCCCUUCGUCAAUAAUUUGCCGCCCCCGGCGGCGCCGACGACGACGCCUUUGUCCGCGUCCCGCAGGAACGGUCGCAGGAGCGCCGCGGCGACGGCAUCCGCCUCAACCGCCGGCGUCGUCGUCGCCGUGACAGCCGCGACGACCUCCUCCUCGACGACAACGACGGUCGUGCCGCCGUCGAGUAACAUCGUCGUAUCCUCCAACGUCGUGUCUGCCUCCGUCGUGUCGCCGACGACGUCGUCCAUCACCUCGUCCUCGGUCGCCGCGGCGGUGGUAGCUGCUGCGGAUUCCGGAAGCGGUCUCAUAUCCACGAGCGGUCAGAUGUCCGCCGUCACCAUGGCUGCCUCGUAUCGCGCCGCACUCAAUGUUGCGGCCACGUUGUCUCAGCAGCAACCUCAGCGACGGCAUCAUCCUCAGCAGCAGCAGCAGCAGCAACCGCAACCACCGACCCAUCAUCAUCCUCAUCACCACCAUCAUAGGAAUCACACUCAUGCUCAUCAUCAGCAGCAGCAGCAGCAGCAGCAGCAGCAUCACACCCAGCAGCAACCUCAACAACGACCUGUGACACCAACGGCUACCGGUACCGCCGACCUUAUCUCCGCCGAUGAGAAGGCAGUCAUAUCAGGUAUUUAUCAACAUUACUUCCGCGCCAUGCGCGCCCACAAUCAUCAACACCGCCAGCAACAGCAGCAGCAGCAGCAGCAACAUCGUACCACCACUACUCAUCAACUUCAUCAUCAACCUCACCAAAGCGACCGAAGUUCCUCCUCUUCGUCGUCGGUUACGUCUCCGACGUCCGCGUCGAUCUCCGGUAUUCUACGGCAGACUUAUCAGCAGGCGUACAACAAUAUCGCGGCCACGAGCUCGAGCUCGGGUAGCCAUCAUCGUGCCGGCACGUCCAUCUCGGCGGUCACCCAUCAUCCCUAUAGGCGACCGUCGGUGACGUUGCUGUCGCGAACGACCUCGCAUAUCGGUCAGCAGGCUUCCUCUUCCUUAUCCUCCUCCUCCUCCUCGUCCUCAUCCAUCUUCGGUGCUUCCAACGGCGUUUCUGCCGCGGCCGGCGUCUCCAGCGUAUACGCGAGCACGAUACACAGGCAUCACGCGACCUCCCUGCACGCUCUUCAGGCCGCCGCCGGCUUCUACGAGACGCCGAGUUAUCACGCCCUCCUGCCCCAAAGUUAGACGAUGGUCGGAUGUCCGGGCGGUUUCGCGGCGUUGGGUGUCUACGCGUAAACAACAGCGGCAACGACCGCGGUCGAGCCAUUAUUGCGAAUCGAAGUGAACGUGCGUCGAAUCUCGAUUACCGACUCGCGGUGAUCUCGGAACGAUCUCCGCUCUUGAAUCGUGUCUUCUUUCUUCAUUCUUUAUCAGGUGUUCGACGAAAACUGAGAGCGCUUGAUAAGGAAGUAAAGCCGAGUCGAGACGUGAUCUCCGAGGGCUGUCCGUGUAUCAGUUAAGAAUUAAAAAGACGGUACGAGUUUUUCUUGAUGUCUCAAUACGCACGUUUACUUGGCAAAGCGCGAUUCAUAAUAGCGGACGACAGAGAUUCGAUAGUCCUGCGAUCGUCUAGAGACGGUCAAAUUCGAUACAAAGUCCGCGCGUUGUCGAUCGUUAUUUACACUAGGCAUCCUCGACGUUCCACACGUGUACAUUGUGUACAGACCUAUUAUUUUACGCGUAAUUUACGUAGACGAUGCAUAGUCGGUAUAGGCAACACUUAUUAUGGCUGUGCUCUGUCCUCCUUUCCUUCUCCUUUUUCCCCCGGCAUUGUGUUUAGGGUAGCCUAUACUUAAUAACCGCGCGAUAAUUUAUAGUUGUCUUGCAGCAUCGACCAUUUUACAGCACUCUAUUUCUUCCGUAUAUACAUUGAAGAAGGAAGUUCGAUUGAUACGUCGUAAUCAACGAACGUUACUGUUUUUAACUUUCGUUUACGGAUGUGUGUAAUUUAUAUAGUUCUACUACCGACAGAUAGAUGCGAAAUGAAAGAGAGAUUCGCGCAAACGUCACAAGAGGCAAUAUGCGGAGAAAGCGCGUGGUGUCUUUGCCCGAUUGCAAAUGCGAACGGUUUACGUUAUAGAACAGCGAAACGAGAAGAUCGGGCCUUUCUAAGGGAAAAUAAACCGCGAUAAAGAUCCCUCUCUCCCUGGUUAAAGGACGGAACGCUAAAGACUUGGGCACACAAGGAGUUCUUUCGCGCGCAGUUGAUAAUCUGAUGUAAUUUCCCUCGGUCUCUCCCUUUCUCGACGACCCGGACGAUCCUAACAGCAGACUUUGAUGUAGAUAAACAGAUACCGUCGAUAUAUACAUCGUUUAGCAGUCGUUUUUACAAACAGCUCUUUCUUUUGCCAUCCGCCUGCCAAAGGCGUUACAUACCGGGCGACAGUUCAAAUAUUCUGCAUGUAGACACGGCGCAGAAAACGUUUCCCACAACAGAGAGUUUCUAACCGCUCGCGCUUCUUCCUCGCGAGCGGAUUUGCGAAAGAGAACGAAAAUUCACAGGCGCAUUCGCGACAACGACAACGACCUAAAUGGCGGACGCCUCCUUUGCCGAGGCGCGCGGCUAUAUCGGAUUAUGAUCCGGGCGGUGCUGUUCGCCUCGAUGUGGAGCCACCUUAAUCCGGAGGAGAGAAGGACAGAGAAACAGAGAGAGAGAGAGAGAGAACCUGCGUCCGUUCUCUCUCGCUCUGUUCCGCGCGACUUAUCAUCUCGAUCGUUAAAAGUGCAUGCGGGUGGGUCUAUAGCGCGCAUAGUCGGCAUAGGGUACAUCUGUCUCCCCGCGCACACACACACGGGGUGUCCCGAAAGCACGACGAGAAACCGCCGUACACUCGAAAGAGGAGUUUAGUAAUAGCCAUCGAAUGUUGAGUAAAAUAACGCCAAUUAAUUAUUUGGUUAAUAUAGCACGAGAUAUCGGAUAAUGAAUAUUCUAGAGUAUUCUGGAUAUCGUACGAAUAUUCGUACAAUAUCAGCACACGAUAUCGUACGAAUAUUUGAUAGCUGUUACCAAGUUCUUUUUUUUUCAGUGUCAUAAUAUCGCUCCGCUCGACAUUAAGACCCACAUUUCGCGCGAUAUCGUUUAAUGCCUGAAGCUUGAAUCACCGACUCCAUCUUUUUGCGUAUUAUAUUUGGGGACCUCUUAUCUAGAAGGAAAAUGGAUCUUUAAUGUUGGGGUGUUUCCGGCAAAAGGAUUUCUCGUAUCACCUCGUUUGCUUGCGCGAUAUCGGCUAACGCCGAGUUUAAAUGAGGAAGCGUUUAGUUAACUUUAGCAUUAAAGGAGAUUUAACGGAAGGAGAUUCUAAACCUGCUUUUCGUCGAGUUCGUCCUUUAUCGUUCACGCCUUGGUUUUCCUCUUGAAAAGAAUUUCAUCGAACGCUAUUUUUCUCAAACGGUUAAUUUCAGGCGUAGAGCAAGCGAGCUACGCGAGUUUAACAUCCCGUUAAAUCGGAAUCUUCCGAACUUGUUCCGAACCUCUAUUCGAGAUUAAAUUAAACGUGCUUCGUAAUGUGUAUUUGCCAAAGUCCGACUUCACUAAAGCCAUUCUCAAACUUCAACCGCCCGAAAGGGAGAAAGAGAGAGAGAGAGAGAGAAAAAGAAAGAGCUGACUCGAGGGUGAGACUGUUUUUCUUCACCCGCAUUGCCACUCUUCUCUUCCACUUCGCUCCUCCAGACAUACGUACGCAACUGCACGAUUCGAGGAAGUCCCGAGUUGUGCGGGACACCCUGUAUAACCGCCGUCGCCGACACAACGAUCGUACGUGCCGUGUUCGUUGUUGACGGUGAGCGGGUGGCCGGACGGACGGGCACCGAAUAAACACACGUCGUAUGCACACACGCAUGCACGCAGGCACACACACACACACACACACACACACACACACACACACACACACACACACACACACACA